UUCUUUGGGGGAGGGGACAGGGGAGGUAGCAGCUGUUAUUCAUUUUACAAUAGGGCGGUCUCUCAAGUCCCUGUGUUCGUGUAGCUGUUCGCUCGAGUUCAACUCUCAACGCUUGUCAGAAGUUUCCCUUCAGAGAAGUGAACACCAGAGCUAAAACCAAAGUACUUCACGGCUUCUGCCAGCCUCUUCCGUUGAAGAAGCACUUUUUAGUAUUAUCGAAACAGUGCUCGAACACUUGCCCAGAAGAACUCCCAUGUCCUUACACGGUGACAAGGUGUUCUUGGCCAUUCUCAGCAACUUGGGACCAAGCAAAGUGUUACGAUGACAGUCCGGCUUCCUCGAAGACUGCUGGUGUGGUUCAUUGCAUUGCUGGGCGUCGGAUUGUUAGCAAUAUUUGUGGUGUGCUUGGCUUUGCAGAUUCAAGUGCCAUGGCAAACAAGGACUUUCCAAAGCAAUAAACACAACAGGUUUUACAAUGCAAGAAAUUACAUCAACGACUCUUUGGAGAACCAACUAUCUGCUGAGAAUGAACUGGACAUUACUGAAGAACCAGAUAAGAGUUCAGAGCAACAGUCAAGUCUCCGAGAUGAAUCUGGAGAAUCAGUACACACAGAAAACACACAGCCUGUCACUCCAGAUCCAAACACCAAAACACUCCAAAGGACAGAACCAAAAAAUGAGACGAAAACAUUAAAACCAGAAAAAAACAAACAGUACGACUUUGGUGACCAGUAUUUCGUGGAUGAAUUUCCUUCACAAACAGACUGCCCAAACAACAUCAGAAAGCAUGUGCCUCAGACCAACUUCUCUGAGAUGUUUCUACACACCAUUCCAGUCCUGCAGUGGGCAAAGCAUUUAACUCCAGACGAGUAUGAGCGACUGAGUCACUAUGGUGGAGCACAUGGCUGGGGAGGUGUUACUCUCGAUGAGUUGAAGAGCUCACUGGGAAUUAUGAAUACAACAGCAAAUCGGUUAAUGUUUGACGACUGGGAGAAGAGAAUAACCAGAUCAGCGUGUAUCCGCUGUGCGGUAGUGGGAAAUGGGGGAAUACUGAAUGGAUCGAAAAAAGGCAAGGAGAUCGACGAACAUGACUACGUGUUCAGGGUGAAUGGUGCGGUUCUGACGGGCUUCGAGGAGGACGUGGGAUCCAGAACGUCCUUUUACACAUUCUCAACGAACACCAUGCGAAACUCCAUGCGUAGCUAUCGUGGUGUGGGCUACAGAGGACCACCAAUAACUGAGGAGACAAGAUAUAUUUUCCUGCCAGAUCACAACCGAGAUUAUAUUCUUAUGAGAGCAGCUGCCACACAUACCAUCAUUGAAAAAGGCCCUGAGCGCAGCAAAAAUCCCCCUAAAUACUUUGGUGAAGAUGUAACAGUGGAAAAGUUCAAAAUUUACCAUCCAGAUUUUACCCGUUACCUUAGAAACAGGUUUCUGCAUUCACGCCUUCUGAGAACAGGUGCCAGAAGAUUUUACAGACCGUCCACAGGAGCAGUCAUGCUCCUGGCUGCUAUUCAUACGUGUGAUCAGGUCGAUGCUUACGGGUUCAUGACUCCAGACUGGAAGUUAUACUCGGACCACUACUAUGACAAAUAUCAUAAACCUGUGCGUUUCUUUGCCAAUCAUGACAUGCGUAUGGAGAUGAGGUUGUGGCAGGAGUUGCAUCAGGCUGGACUGAUGAAUCUCUUCAUGCGCCAGUGAGCACAAAAGGAGGAAUGCUGGUCUUUGUAUAAGGAGCUUUUUUUAACCAGAAAGAGGGUGGAAAUCAGCCACGUGAAAAUCCUGUUCUUCUUUGGUUCAUGGUAUUUGACAAUUCUGCUUUGAAAAUGAAGAUCAGACAUUGUUUUUGUCAUUUACGGGGGGGCUGUGUACAGAAUCUACAAAGGAGUUACUUUGGUGACAUACUUUGAACUCUUGCGUUAAAGGGAGAGGCCUUAAAAACACCCUAGUACACCCUAGUUAGUAACUAACACACUUUGGAUUUUUGGCAUGUCUUUGUUCAUUCAAGAUGGUGGCAGGCUGGGAUAGUGUCAUUCUGGGCUAUAUAACUAAUGUCAAUGUGCCUUAGGAUCUCUGUGAGAGUCACACCCAAUCAACCAAAGAGAUGAUUUUAAAGUGAUUUUUUUUAUUCUUAAUUAUAUUUCUUGUAUGAAUGUAAACAUUUAUAGAUGGUCCAUCCUUAAUGCACUUCUCCUGAUGCAUCACAUGGAGAUCUAAAAAUGGUUUUCUGUUUUUAAGAGGACUUUUUAUAUUUUAUGUUUACAGCUUAAAUCUGGAAGCUUUAAAGUGCAAAAUUUUAUGUUCAGUGCACAGGCUGUUUGAACUGAAAUGUAAAUAUUUUUAUCCGUUUAUCUAAGGUUACUAUGAUUUUAACAGUAAAAUGGUUUUUAAAUUAUUAUAUCUGCUUUGGUCAACAGGUUGGGUAUUCGAUUGUUAAAAAAAUCACUUUUAAAGCAAAUUUUUUAAGAUUUUUGGUCACAAAGUCACAAAUGACCAGACAAUGGAAAGAUGAUCCUAAUAAUGACUAUUUGGUUUAUUUUGGGAUGAGAAUAAAUCUUUUAAAACUUUG